AUGAAGGGUACCUUUCAUGGAAAACAAAUGAUUGAUUAUAAAACUAAUGUUGUCGGAGGCGUUUCUCCAAAGAAGGCAGGAUCUACGCAUUUGGGAAAACCCGUAUUUGCAUCUGUCAAGGAAGCUCGUGAAAAAACCGGCGCAGAUGCUACGGUUAUUUAUGUUCCUCCGCAGUUUGCUGCUGCUGCGAUAAAUGAAGCAAUGGAUGCUGAAAUCCCCCUUGCAGUAUGCAUCACGGAGGGGAUUCCUCAACAAGAUAUGGUACGCGUAAAAAACAGGUUACUGAAACAAGACAAAACACGUCUUGUGGGGCCUAACUGUCCGGGCAUUAUCGCUCCUGAGGAAUGCAAGAUUGGUAUUAUGCCAGGGCAUAUUCAUCAGAAAGGUGUAGUCGGUGUGGUUUCGCGAUCUGGUACAUUAACUUAUGAAGCCGUCCAUCAGACGACGGUAGUUGGUCUUGGACAGACGUUGUGUGUUGGCAUUGGUGGCGAUCCUUUCAAUGGAACAAACUUUGUUGAUUGUUUGAAAAUAUUUCUUGAGGACCAUGCAACUAAAGGUAUUGUUCUUAUUGGUGAAAUUGGUGGCCAAGCUGAAGAGUUAGCAGCGGAGUACUUGAAGAAAUAUAAUUCUGGUCCUGAUGCAAAGCCCGUUGUUUCGUUUAUUGCCGGUCUCACUGCUCCUCCUGGAAGAAGAAUGGGACAUGCUGGAGCUAUCAUAUCGGGAGGAAAAGGUACAGCAAAGCAUAAAAUUGAAGCACUAAAGUCUGCUGGGGUUCUUGUAACUGAUUCUCCAGCCCAAAUGGGUCCUAUCUUAGCAAAAGCUCUGGUUGGAAAGCUUUAG